UGCUGCAGUCAUUCAGCCUCAGGAGCUGGGCAAUUGCCAAGGAUGCAGAAGGAGAUGAAAAUGAUCAAAGACGAAGACACGCAUUUCACCGUGGGUGUGAAGGGGGCUCCCUCUUACCCGUACUGUCUGCAGCCAGCAUUAUCCAGAGAAAAAGCCCCUUCAAGACAUCUCUUCCCAGAAACUCUCCGGGGGCCUUUCCCUCAGUUUCGCUACGAACCUUCUCCAGGGGACCUCGAUGGCUUCCCUGGUGCCUUCGAAGGCGGAGGGUCUCGGAAAAGGAAAAGCAUGCCCACCAAGAUGCCAUGCGCCCUGCCAACUGAGGAAGGCGGCCUGGCCCUGCAACAGGAGGAGAGCAAACCCCAAGCCACCCCCAAUCUCCCGCUGCUGUUCCCGCAGCCCCCACGCCCCAAGUAUGACUCGCACAUGAUCGACCUGUGCAACGUGGGCUUGCAGUUCUACCGCACGCUGGAGCCCCUGGGGGGCAAGCCGGUGAAGCAGGAACCCCUGAAGCCCAACGCUGUGUGGCCCCAGCCCCCUGCUCCGCCUUUCCUGCCCGGCCCCUUCCCCUACUACCCCAAAGUCCCUCCGGGCCUCCUGUUCCCCUUCUUCAUGCCCACGUCCUCCCCAUACCCCUUCAGUCGCCAAACUUUCCUGCCCAAGCAGCCGCCAGAGCCACGGGCCCAGAGGCCAGCCGAGAUGCAGGAGGGCGAGGAUGCCAAGCAGAAGGUGGAGCGCGUGGAUGUGAACGUGCAGAUCGAUGACAGCUACUACGUGGACGUGGGCGGCACGCAGAAGCGCUGGCAAUGCCCCACGUGCGAGAAGUCCUACACGUCCAAGUACAACCUGGUCACGCACAUCCUGGGCCACAGCGGCAUCAAGCCGCACGCCUGCGCCCGCUGCGGCAAGCUCUUCAAGCAGCUGAGCCACCUGCACACGCACAUGCUGACGCACCAGGGCACGCGGCCCCACAAGUGCCAGGUGUGCCACAAGGCCUUCACGCAGACCAGCCACCUCAAGAGGCACAUGAUGCAGCACAGCGAGGUGAAGCCACACAACUGCCGCGUGUGCGGCCGCGGUUUCGCCUACCCCAGCGAGCUCAAGGCCCACGAGGCCAAGCACGCCAGCGGGCGCGACAACAUCUGCGUGGAGUGCGGCCUCGACUUCCCCACGCUGGCUCAGCUCAAGCGCCACCUCACCACGCACCGGGGGCCCAUCCAGUACAACUGCUCUGAGUGCGACAAGACCUUCCAGUACCCCAGCCAGCUGCAGAACCACAUGAUGAAGCACAAGGACAUCCGGCCCUACAUCUGCUCCGAGUGUGGCAUGGAGUUUGUGCAGCCGCAUCAUCUCAAGCAGCACUCGCUCACGCAUAAGGGUGUAAAGGAGCACAAAUGUGGCAUCUGUGGGAGGGAGUUCACCCUGUUGGCCAACAUGAAGAGACAUGUGUUGAUCCACACCAACAUCCGGGCCUACCAGUGUCACCUCUGCUACAAGAGCUUUGUGCAGAAACAGACACUCAAGGCACACAUGAUCGUCCACUCAGAUGUGAAGCCUUUCAAAUGCAAGCUUUGUGGGAAGGAGUUCAACCGUAUGCACAACCUCAUGGGCCAUAUGCACCUGCACUCUGACAGCAAACCCUUCAAGUGCCUCUACUGUCCCAGCAAGUUCACACUGAAGGGCAACCUGACACGCCACAUGAAGGUCAAGCAUGGGGUUAUGGAGCGCGGCCUGCAUGCUCAAGGUUUUGGAAGGGGAAGACUUGCCCUGUCACAGACUGGAGUCCUGAGAAGCUUGGAACAGGAGGAGCCCUUCGACCUUUCUCAGAAGCGCCCAGGGAAGGGGUCAGUAUUCCAGUCUGACCGAGAGAGUGCCAGGAGAAGCUCCUGCUAUGAGGAGGAUGAAGAGGAGGAUCAUUGCUAUGAUGAAGAGCAGGAAGGCCUGGGCCCAGCAUCCCAGAGCAGGGAACCUUGCACACCCCAGGGUCAAUCUGCCAAGGUUGAGCAGGCUCCCAGAGCAUUGGGGGAAGCCAGUGAGGAGGAGAAGGAGGAGGAUGAGCAGAGUGAAGGUCAGGAGAACAACAAGGACAGCAGCGGGGUGGAGGGCAGCCAGGAAAGUGGCCUCAGAGAAGAAUGUGCCAGCCUCAGGCGCCUGCAGGGCACCCUGCGGGGUCCCUCCUUCCCUGAUUACUUGUACUUCAAGCACAGAGAUGAGAGUUUAAAAGAAUUACUGGAGAGGAAAAUGGAGAAGCAAGCAGUGCUUUUAGGUAUCUAAGUGGACAGUUACUAAAUUACAUUUG